AUGGCAGACCAUUUGUCACCGGACAUUUUCAUCGCUUGCUUGGCGGGUGAGAAAGGAAAUGUUGGCAGGAUCGUGGACAUCGUGCGCACUGCUGAGCACGCCAUUUGUAACUUGCAUGAGCUUCGCUUGAUCUAUUCGUCGGCUAUGGACGUUUACCCGAAGGUCGAGGACGCGGGCUAUCGAGAGCUCUGUGUCAAGUACAUGCAGGUGCUGUGCGAGCUGGAUACCAACGAAGCACGCGAGUUUCACAACAGGCAGCGUGCUUUCGGCAUCACCAGUGAUGCACGGAUGUACGAAGCCCGUGCUCGCUUGGAGGAGCGGGAAGGGGACACAGCCAAGGCUUUGAAGAUCUUGCAAGAGGGUCUUCGCAUCGGAGCAGGGCCUCCCGACCGAUUGACAGCUCAGAUCGCGGCCUUACACAUGCGGCGAUCAAAGCACUGCGAUGCAGAGAUCCAGCAAAUAUUGGAGCCUCUAGAGGCUCAGACGGAAGCACAUGAUACCACCAUGGAAAUUGAGGCGGAAAGCGUUCCGCCGAUUCGGAGGGUCCAUGAGAGACCGCUCAUUAAGAUGCGAUCAUGGGCAGAAGGCUCGACUCAAACAGAGGUGGCAGUCGACAGGAAGCCAGGCAACCCUUCGGCCGACAGAUGUCUUCAACGAUGGUUACGAGUUGAAUGCAGGCGCUGCCUGCUUAAUUCUUUCGGUGCUUGGAAGAGACUGGUGGACACAUCUGCCCAAAUGCGGCGUGAAGCAUUGUUUGAUGCCCUGCGUGGACAAUUAGACUCAGCCCAGCGGCGAUGCCGAGCAGCGGAGCUUUGCCUCGCCAAGGGUCAGGCAGAGGCAGGUGCGAUCUGCUUGCGGGCGGGGCUCCGAGCGUGGAGGUCACUCGCCAGGUUGUGUAGGCAGCGGGCGAAGCUCGCAGAUGCAGCGUAUCAGGAGUUUGUGCGACGGUCGGCAAGCUUUAUUCUUUGGUCCUGGAGGACAUGCCUUUCUUCAACCCGGGUCGAGGACUUCGAGAACUCGGAGGGGCCGGAGAACACAGCCUUGGACUGUCUAUUAGUGGACUUCUGUCCCAACUUAGAAGAGGACAUGACCGACGAGCCUUGCCAUCAGACAGACCUCUGCGAGAAGCCUGCGGCAGGCAAGCCAAGCGGUGUGGCGGGCUUCGCUUCUUUCGAGCGGCAGCCGCUUGCGAGUGUCGCCAUACAAAAUGCUCGCUACACUUUGGCAGAUGCAGAGGAUGCGAAGCGCAUGCGGGGACCUGAGCGGUUCUUCUACGACACAUCGAGCUAUACUGGUUGUGCGAGGUAUGGGGGGCCGAUGAUAGUCGACAAGAAGGAAAAUACUUCUGGACCCACCAAAACAGGUACGUCUGGCAAAGUGGCGCAAUGUAGUGGAAAUCUGGGCCAGUCCCAGACAAAGCGAAGCAAGCCGUUUCUGCCCAGAUAG